UGCCGCGUCUGUUUGAAAUUUGAAUCUUUUUUCAUCAACUGUAAACAUAGUCAGAGACAAUAUCCCAAGAUGCCGGCUUCAGUCCCUCUGAGUCUCUGUGUGCUUUUCGGCUGCAUCAUUUUUGGAUCAAUAACUGCGUCUACGAUCCAAGAUGAAGUGUAUCAGUCUGUGGUUGGUGCCGUGUCUCCUGGACAGGACAAACUGACCCCGGAGGUGCUUCGUUUGCUCUUUAAUACGCUGGAGAAACGUGUGCAGUGCAGCGAAGUGCCGUGUGAAAAGUGUAAUCUAACAGACGCCGUGCAUCAACUGACCCCCUCCAUACAAGCGGGCAGUGUCAGCGUCUCAGAGUUCCCUGCUCUGGCUGCGGGCUCCGUCUUCUACCUCACCGCUCCUGGUCCGGCGUGUGCGGCAGCUGACCAGGGCACAUGGGCUGAGGAGACAGAACACUUCCUGCACAGGGCUGCACAUGGAGAGACCGCAGCAGCGAGCUAUAAGGAGGGAGAACUGAACAUCGUGGGGUUAGACACCAUUGUGGAAGAGCUGAAGGAGCACAACUCAACAGGUCACACCGAGGCCUGCGUAACAGCUGAUGAGAUCAUGACUGAGGCUGGAGCCGUUUUUCUGGGCCAGAGUCAGCCAGCAGGUCUGGUCCUUGGCCAGGUCCUGCACCAUGCUUUGGAGGGUCGCUGCUUCACGGGAAGGGCCCUCCCUGAAGAGAGUUUCUUCCUGGAUGACAUCAUGGUUCGCCUGGGGUCCCAAAAUUUCACCCUCCACGACCUCGAUACUCUGAUGCACCGUCUGAACAUUGGACCCAACCACGACCACGACCAUGAUCAUGACCAUGACCAUGACCACGACCACGAUGCAUCGGAACACACAGCUUCCCAGGACAGAGGCCAUAAAGACAAGAAGAGGACUGUGCCAAAAUCCAAUUCCAGAAAUUACACCUGGGAAGAGUACUGCUUCACAGCACAGGAGCUGACACGCAUCUACGGCCUUGAGGGAAACAACACUGCCUCCCCUGAACUGGGUCGGUCUGGCUUGGCUCGACUCAGCCCUGCACUCGUCCAGCAGAUCAUGAGUGGGGCCUGCAGCAGAGCGGGACAUUCGACACCAGACGAGCUCACAAGAACUGAAAGAUUCCUGUACGCGACCCUGGCCAACGUCGUGAUCACAGUGUUGGCCAUGAUCGGGAUCGUGCUGCUGCUGUUCACAACGUGCACCGGAGCGUUUCAGAUAUGCGUCCAGUUUGCCGUCAGUCUAGCAGUGGGUUCCCUCACCGGAGAUGCCUUGCUCCAUUUGGUGCCAAUGUUUCUGGGUUUGCACGUACACUCGGAUGAGGCGUCCGAAGCGAGACACUCAAGUGGCGACAGCCAUAGUGGACCUGCAGACUACACCUACAAGAUGUUGGUGCUGGUAGCCGCUAUCUAUUUCUUCUAUCUGAUGGAGGCCAUUUUCUCUCUGAUCACAAACAAAGAUCAUCAUCAUCACGAGGAGGAACAGUCAGAGCCCCACCACUGUGAUCACGGCAGGGUUUUAGAGAUGUAUCACCAGGAAAGGAAACAGAAAAAGAAACUGCAGUCAACAUCCGAAGUCCAGCUGUUCAACGGCGAGGAAGAAGAAAAGACCCAUCACGCCAAAACAAGAGAGCAGCGGCUGCUGCCGAUCAUGAUCACUCUGGGUGACGGGAUCCACAACUUUGCUGAUGGUUUAGCCAUGGGAGCGGCUUUCUCCAGGUCCUGGAAGUCUGGUUUAGCAACAUCGAUUGCUAUUCUCUGUCAUGAGCUGCCACACGAGCUGGGUGACUUUGCUGUUCUACUCAACUGCGGGCUGUCAGUGCGGAAAGCCUUGCUGCUAAAUGUUGGCAGCGCUCUGACCUCCUUCAUUGGACUUUACAUUGGUCUGUCCGUAGCCACCGACAUAGCCGUAAGCCAGUGGAUCGCCGCAGUCACUGCGGGACUGUUUCUCUACGUGGGCCUGGCCGACAUGAUGCCCACAAUGCUUCACAUCAAGUCCAAGCGACCCUGGCUCAUAUUUCUGCUUCAGAAUGUGGGUCUGCUGACUGGGUGGGGUGUUCUGUUGCUGCUGUCGAUUUAUGAGGAGCAGAUCAGCUUCUAGCACUGAGUCAAACACUAAACACUGAGUCAUUCGUCCGCUGUUCUCAGCCGAUAACAGCCAAUAUAUACAACUUCACUCAAGCAUUUAAAUGAAGAGGACACCAUGCUCACAGGCUUAACAGUGAUUGGCAGGUUUUUUGUUCACGUCAAAUGAAUUCUGUCACUUACAGUCAACAAAAUAUCUUGCCACUUGCCAACAAAUGAGUGCAAUAAUGUUUGAGGAAAUACAUUUUUUUUUAUCUUCAUUAUCUGUUUUUCUAAGAUUUAGAUUCAUUUACAAUGCAGUUUUUAUUCACGAGUGUUGCUGGAACUUCACUGCUGUUUUAUAGGAUGUGCACAUUUCUUUUCAUUUUUGUAUGUUUGUACAGCGUUUUCUGAAUUUAUGCUAAUAAGACACCACAGAGGAAACUACGAUCGAGAUGUAUUGGU